GCCAGGGUCUUCCUGGCCUUUUGACCUCUCCAGUGCUUUCAGGCUUCCAGCGCAGACCCUUAGGUUUUUGGCUUAGACUCAUACAUGACUCUGCAGUGGGCUCAGGCUUUGAGCUUGGCCUGGAUCCUCCGCCCUCCAGCGAAUAGACGGCCAUUCCGCCCUCUCCACCCCGAUGCUGCAGGUGGCCAUUGUAAGCCUCCUUCUUUAGGGCCCUAUGGCUCCUCAAGAGGUUGGUGCUGAUCCUGGGACUCAGCCUUGGUGUCCUUGUCAUCAUGCUCAGAAGCAACAUCCUUCAAGUGAUGCUGGCCAGCCCCGAGCCUGAGCACCUGCCGCCCACCCUCGAUGCCCCUGUCCUCAGCCUCCUGCCUGAGCAGCAUCUCCGGGGCCUGUUCUCCCUCAGUGGGCUCUGGCUGUUCCCUAAAAACCAGUGCACAUGUGCAAACACCCAGAGUCGAGGAGGAUACAACUUCCGGAGCGCCUACAAGGAGAAAGACCUCCCCGCCGUGGACGCCAGGAGGCAGGCGGAGUACAAACACUUCCAGAGAAGAGAGGGGCUACCAGAGCCCCCGCCGCUGCUGGCCCAGCCCAACUUGCCCUUUGGGUACCCGGUGCACGGCGUGGCUCUGAUGCCCCUGCACACCACGCGCAUCCCAGGUCUCCAAUUCGAAGGGCCAGAAGUCCCAGUCUAUGAGGUCACGCUGACGGCCACUCUGGGGACACUGAACACCCUUGCUGAUGUCUCGGACGGCGUGGUGCAGGGCAGGGGCCAGAAGCGGCUGAACAUUUCCACCAGUGACCGGAAGCUGCUGAACUUCGUCCUGCGUCACGUGACCUACACAAGCACCAGCUAUCAGCACAACCGCGUGGACGUGGUGAGCUUGGAAUCCAGGUCUGCAGUCGCCAAGUUCCCUGUGAGCAUCCGCUACCCCCCCAUCCCCAAGCUGUACGACCCGGGACCAGAGAGAAAGCUGCGGAACCUGGUGACCAUUGCCACCAAGACUUUCCAGCGCCCCCACAAGCUGCAGGCCCUGCUGCGGAGCAUCCGGGAGUUCUACCCAGACCUCACGGUGAUCGUGGCUGACGACAGUGACCGGCCCGUGAAGAUCGAUGAUCCACAUGUGGAGCACUACAUCAUGCCCUUUGGGAAGGGCUGGUUUGCGGGGCGGAACCUGGCCAUCUCGCAGGUCACCACCAAGUACGUCCUCUGGGUGGACGACGACUUCCUCUUCACUCCCAAGAGCAGGAUCGAGAGGCUGGUGGAGGUGCUGGAGGGCACGGAGCUGGACGUGGUGGGCGGCAGCGUGCAGGGAAAUGUCUUCCAGUUCAAGCUGUUCCUGGAGCAGAGCGAAGACGGGGACUGCAUUCACCGGAGGUCGGGGUCCUUCCAGCCCCUGGAUGGCUUCCCUGGCUGCGUGGUGACCAGCGGGGUGAUCAACUUCUUCCUGGCCCACACCGAGCGGCUGCAGAGAGUUGGCUUCGAUCCCCGCCUGCAGCGGGUGGCUCACCUAGAGUUCUUUAUAGACGGGCUGGGCAGCCUGCUGGUGGGCUCGUGCCCGGAGGUGGUCAUGGGUCACCAGCCCCGCGUGCAGGCCAAAGACGUGGAGCUGGCGGCGCUGGAGAAGAACUACAGCAGCUACCGGGCCAACACCCGCGAGCAGGUCCAAUUCAAACUGGCGCUGCACUACUUCAAGAACCGUUUCCUCUGCUCCACAUAAAGCGCAGGCCUGAUUGGCUGUGGGCAUCUGAGACUACCAAUGAGCCGACUCAGGGCAAGCGGAUGGGCCAAUCAACGUUUACGGGUUAUUAGGAAUGGACCAAUCAGUGAUCAGAGCAGCAGGGAGCAAGUAGAUUACAAGCCUUUUGGAAGCGUUCGCACUUGGAGACUGGGCUCCUGCGUCCCGCGCUGCAGGACCGGUGGCUGCGGGCGCCUGGCGGGUUUUUCGGUGGGAACCCUCUAAGCCCCAGAGCCGUGGACUCCGGUCCCGCCAACCGCACAUUUUCAUGUCCUUCUGUCUCGUGGACUCAAACAAAACAAAACACAACUGUGACCAACCAGCCUCAUUGCCAUAAAGUGACAGCUGGGUCAGCCGUGGUGACAGAAAGUGGACAUCUCUUGGGACGAAGGUCGGCAAAGCGGGGUUGGGGAGCAGGCCGUGGGUCCCCCCGGCAACCGGGGGUGGGUGGUGGGGGGCCGUGGACGCAGUUACCCAAGAGUUCUUGAGCGCACAAAACCAGCAGGGAGCCAGGCGCGGUGGCUCACAGCAGUAAUCCCAGCACUGGGAGGCUGCAGGAGGAUCUCAACUUCAAGCCCAGCCCGUGCAAUUUAGUGACUUUGUAAGAGCCUGCUUCAAAAUAAAAUAUUUUUCAAAGGCUGGGGAAGUGGCUCAGUGCGAAGGUCCAAAGUUCAGUCCCCAGUGCCAGGAAAAGCAAAAGGAAACAAACACCUGGACCUUAAAGAUAGCCUUCGCCUUGGCUAACUUGCAAACAUAAGUGACACCUAAUUUGGGUCAUUUUGAGUAAAUUCUUACGUUAAAAACAAAACUUACUCCCAGCUAGUCACAAGCAGCUAAAGAACAUGGGUGUGUGAAUUGCUUCUCUCUUUUUUGGUACCGAGGAUUGAACUCAUGACCAUGCACUUGCAAGCAGGCACUUACGCUUCUGAGCUAAAUCCUUGGCUGUGAAUCCCUGGCUGCUUCUUAAUUUAAAUAAUUUUAAGUAAUUUAAAUAAAAUCCUUAGAACUA